AUGCCUUUUGGGCUUGUCCUCACUGCCGUCUUCGGGUGUGGCUACGGUAAAGGCGACUACUCGUCGACUUUCAUCGAACAUGUGUCGGUGAUUUUCUCGAUUGAGACCGCCUAUUGGACAAUCUCCUAUGAAUACGAUGUGUGGUACAACGGCUCAUCGACCACCGAUCAAAACAACGAGACGUUGACCGCCGCCUACUUCAUCACUCUGCUCGAGAGCUACGAAAAGGGAGAGUUGACGCUCGUGACCACGGAGCCCACCUACGGCUACAUCAACUAUUUGUACGGUAUGUCGUGGAUCUUCUACGGACUCCAAUACACGGAUACUUUCUACAUCGACAUGGUCACUCAAUACACGGAUUCUUGCGGAUAUGACACUUCACUCCUACACGGGCACCACCCUCGGCACCAACUCCACCAGCCACAUUGGAGGACUCGCAAAAGGAAAAAGCCAAGAAGGUGUUCGCGUGCUACGAGUACCAAGGAUAUACCUGGGAAUCGGAAGUGUGGAACCAGGUUGGUUGUUUUGGAAGAAUUGUUCUCAAGAUGCGCUUUGUCAGACGGACUCGCGCCAUCGAUCGAGACGAACACGCAAUGCGUCCAACUCGGUCUCUACUACUCGAUGUACCCGGAAAUGCUCGUGCCUGGGUGCUCACCUGACAUGAGCGUCACUGCUCUGUGGAACAAUACUACGAAGUUAUCGGCUACAUCUUCUCCACCGAAGAGACUCGUAUCAGCUUUGCCCCCCGCUUUCUACAACUAUUUCUACAGUUGCCCCUGCGCCUUUAAGGAGUUCAAUGGAUCAUGCAUCAUCAAGGGCGGAGAUGUCUCCAUCGUUGCCACAAGUGGUGAAUGCGGUGGAAUGGAGAUGGUCGAGCCCAAAAGUCAUGUGGUUCAUCACAUCUACAUGAAGAACAUCCUCAACAUUUCCCCAAUCACCAGCACCGUGACAUUGACCGAAAACGUGCAGAUGUACACCUACAUGAUGGAACAAAUCGCCACGUCGGGUGGUUUCAUCUCGUGGACCGUCUACGUUGAGACUCCAGCACCCACCAUGAUCACCGAGUUUACUCCGAUGGUCACCGAGGAAGUCACCGGAUUUUCAACUGGAGAGACGGCCAUGUCAACCUGGACUGGCUUCACGACCGGAGUUCCAACGGAGGCCACAUGUGUGAUCUCUACUCCCGAGGAGGAGUGCGCCUACAUUAUUGUUUGUGAUUCU